AUGAAUAAAGGAAAUAGUAUAUGUCGACUUGAGAAGUUGACUCAACUGUAUUUAAAGAAUCACAGGAAGAAUGUCUUGAAUGAGAUAGUUGAUAUAGUAUUUUCAGGUGAAGCAAAAGAUCAAUGUUUAGACUUUUUAAUCAGGAUUGGAUUUGCUCGAUCCAUGAUUUCUAGGCUUGCCUUUGAUGGAAGGAAGGAAACUGUCAAUUAUUAUAAAUUGCUACUUGCAUUGGUUAUGCAUGCUUACUAUGGACCAAAUCAUAAUGGAAGUCUCUUUGAUGAAUUGUUUGGUAUUUGGAUGGAGUCUGACAACAAAUUCAAGUUCAUUAGUAAAUUAGCAGAGUUUGCAGUUGACGAAUUUAUUAAUGAUACUGACUUUAAAAUCAAUAUUCUACAAGUAUUUUCCAACUUCAUUGUGCAUGACAUGUAUAAUAUGUUCAUUGAUGAGUACUAUGAUUUUGAGAUUCUCACAUCAUUAUAUAAUCCAACCGUCGCUUUUGAUGAUGAAGAACUUGCAAGGAUGUUUCUUCGUCCCUUUGGCUUACGUGACGAGAAAGCAAAUCUGUGGAUGCUUCGAUUGAUUACAUCAUUUGGGGGUGAUAGCCAGACAAGUGUUACUGAUUGGCAGGUUGCAGUGGCAAAGUUCUUCCAAACUUGGGUAUCUAGUCGUCGUCAUGCGAAAUCUGUUAUGAUGUUAUUAGAAGCUACUAAAGCAACAUCAUAUUUUGCUGUUAAAGCAACCAAAGGGGCAGCUGGAGCUGUUACUUUUUUAAAAUUUGCUAUGGAUGAUUUCAGCGAUUUUGAAGAUUUGAAAAUAGCGUUACAGAAGAAAUUUGACGGUCACAUAAACCUCAUGAACCAGCUUGCAAUGAUUAAGUCAUUGCAUGAUUGUACAAGAGAUAGUUUUGAAAAGUUGCUUCUUGAUAAUUUGAGUUUAAAUGAUGCUAAGCAAUUGCUUGACAUGUUUAUUCUGCGUGAAAAGCAAAUGAACUUUGCUACUUUAAAAUAUUUCACAAACGAUGUUGACAUGAAAAGGUUUUAUAUCGAUAUCGUUUUAACUCCAUUCUUCAGUUAUAUACCAUUUAGAGAUGUAAUAUGGAAAAACUUUACUGAGACGGAGUUAGAAGAUCUUCCUCGUUACAUCAAGUUUGCAUCUAAUUACAACUUUAUUUCUACUUUCUUUAGUGACGUUCAAAAUGAAAUGCUGGAUGAAACCAAACGUGAGAUAUUAGAACAUUUGAAGCUGAUUGCCAAAAGAGUCACUGUAACCGGACCAAAUUCUUUUAGUGGUAACAGUAAAUACUUUUGGAAAAUCAAGACUAUUCAGAAUAUUAAAGCAAAGGAGUAUCAAAUCGACCUUGACAAAACGAAUUCAAAUGAUUUCAAAUAUGCAUUGGCUGCUACUUUGUGUCAACCUAGUAAAACUUCAGAAACUAAAAAAAUAGGUAUUGACAAGUUGAGAAUUGGUAGAGUUGAAAAGUCCAACAACAACAGUUAUACUUUCAAAUGCGAGAAUCUUGACGAUUUGGGAUAUACCCAUUUGAUAUUUUUGCCAAAUACUGAUAGUUUGAAGGGAAGUGAUGUUUGGAACUACCUGAAACGCUUAAGGUUUUCAAUGUUCCCUGAAAUAGCAUUUAAAAUAAUGUCAUCCCCGAUUGAUAAUGAUAUCGAUGGAACAAACGAUACUGAUUUGGUUCAAUUAAUGUCUGUUUCGAAACAUGCUGACAUCCACAAAAUUUUACCAGAUUUAUAUUCUCCUAGAACGAUAGUUGUCGUUCCAACAAAGGAGUAUCUUGGACAAUACAGCGACCUCCCUUUGAUACGAUAUGGAGAUGCAAAGUCUGUUGAUAAAUUUGUGGAACAUGUGAAUGCUUUUUUUGAAAAUAUUCAGAGAUGUGCAGGAAUAGAGCAGAUUAAGCAAUUGAAGGAAUUCAUUUCAUUAGAACAACUUGAUCAAGUCAUGAAUCAAUUCCUCCAGGCCUGGACAACUGCUGCAAAAGAUAAGGCGCAAAAUGGUGUCGACUUCCCCAUUGAUUUUCAAAAGAUUACAAGUGAACCAAUCAGUGAGCCAGAGGAUUUUAAGAAAGUUACUACUAAAAUUGUCAGUACCUUUUCUUCCGUUGCUGUAUGUUGGGCCGUUUCCAAAGCACCACUUGUUGAAAAUACCUGGGAAUUUAUUUAUGAUAACUUGUCAAUUAUGAUUACUAUGGAUGAUUUAAUCCCACUAAUUGAGAACCUUGAAAAAGUGAAGUCUUUUGUAUUUGUCAACUGUCAUCCAUCUGUGUUCAUGAUGACAUACCUAUUUGUCGAUUGGGUGGAGGAAAACCCCGGAAGUAUGAAAAUAAUUGGAGGUAAACUUCAAGAUUAUUUUCUUUAUAAGCAUUCUAAGUCUAUCGACAAACCAGAUUGGAGAUCGGAAAUCGAAACAAAACCUAAAUUCAAUCCUGGUUUCAUGAACAAACUAGAAGUGAUAUCAGUUAAGGAUCAAGUGGAAGAAGCUGAAUACUGUGUAUUGUUGUACUACUACAUGAAGAAAUUAGGGUAUCCAACUGAAUUAAUUGGAAUUUGGACUUCAUGUCAACGUCAACUUGAUUUGAUUAAAGAAGUGGCCGAGUCUUUACUCCCAUCGUCGAUAGAUCGCCCGAACGUAUUAUUCAACAAAUCAGGAGUUAAUGAUUAUAUUCAUUAUAAGUAUUCCAUCAUUUCGUUAUUUACUGACUCCGAAUACAAAGAAUUAACCCUUACAGGAGAGUUGGGAAACUACUAUGUAAGUGCAAAUGCUUCAACAGAUAGGGCUUGUUUUUUUAAAAUGCCAAUCCCGGCUGAGAAUCAAUUACAUGUAAUCACCGGAGAAACUUAUAGUUGCAAGGAAAGAAAUAACCACGAGCAAGUUAUCGUUAAAGAUUUGCAACAAUUAAAAGAACUAGUCAAUAGUUUGGACUGA